AUGUAUAAAAAUUACAAAAUUUAUGAAAGCAAUGAGAUGAGAUUCAUUUAUUACACUGAAAUUUCCAUUGGGAUCUCGGCCAAUGCCUUCCUUCUUCUCUUCCACGUCCUCAAUUACUUUCUCCAGCACAGACCCAAGCCCAUCGACAUGACAGUUGGUCUCUUGGCCCUCAUCCACUUAGUGAUGCUGAUGAUUGUGGUGAGCCAGGCUAUGGACAUGUUUGGAUCUCAGCGUUCCUGGGAUGACGUCACAUGUAAAGCAGUCUUCUUCUCCUACCGGGUGCUGCGGGCCCUCUCCCUGUACACCACCUGCGUGCUGUGUGUCCUCCAGGCCAUCACCCUCAGCCCCAGGAACUCCUGGUUGGCAAACUUCAAGCAUAAACACUUACGUCAAAGCCUGUGCUCCAUGCUUGUCCUAUGCUUCUUCUAUAUGUCCGUUAGCAGCCACGCCAUAAUCAGCAUCGUUGGCACUCCCAAUGGGACCUCACACAGUGUAAUGUAUGUCACUAAAUCCUGCUCUGUUUGGGCCAUGAGCUAUUUCCUAAUUCAAACAUUUUACACAUUGCUGAUCUUUAGGGAAGUCUUCCAUAUAGGGCUCAUGGUCCUCUCAAGUGGAUACAUGGUAAUGCUCCUCUACAGGCACAGGAAAAAGUCCCAGCACCUACGUGGCACCAACCUGACUCCAAGAGCCUCCCCAGAGCAAAGGGCCACACAGAGCAUUCUGGUGCUCUUGAGCUUUUUCAUGGUCAUGUCCAUUUUGGAAUCCAUUUUCUCUGCCUCAAGACUCAAGAUGAAUGAUGAUCCAAUUUUUUACUGCACCCAUUUUAUUGUGGCCAACAGCUAUGCCACAGUCAGUCCUUUCGUAUUCCUCUGUACUGAAAAACGUAUAAUUACCUUUGUGAAAUCCAUCAGAGUGGAGAGAAAUAGAUGUUUAAUUGUUCAGUGA